AUGGAACCAAAUCACUCAACCCCAGAAAACUCCGACGACGCAAUAACCUCCACCACCACCACCGUUGAAGAACAGCAUCAACAAAGUCGAUCAUACGAAUGCACUUUUUGCAAAAGAGGCUUCACCAAUGCACAAGCACUUGGAGGCCAUAUGAACAUCCACCGCAAGCAUAAAGCUACACUGGCCUUCUCACCGCCACCAAACGCCGCCACCACCACCACAACAAUCAACUCCUUUUCAAAUUCUGGUCAAGGGAAAAACAAACCACUUCGACUUUUUGGGGAUGGCUCGCAUGAUUCAAGAAAUAACCAUCAAGAUAAUGUAAUGAAAGAUCCAACAUCACCGGCGCAUGAAGUAGACCUUGAGCUCAGGUUAGGACAAGUUGAAUCGCCGGGGAACAAGAUUACGACUACUAGAAAAUUCUUCUAA